GCUCCUAGGGACCUGCGACUCUCCCCGACGCGAAGCGACUCCUCUCGGCCGCGAGCCAUGCGGGCCCUGUGGGUGCUCGGCCUCGGCUGCGUCCUGCUGACCUUCGGGUUCGUCAGAGCUGACGAUGACUUGGAUGUGGAUGGUACCGUGGAAGAAGAUCUGGGUAAAAGUCGAGAAGGUUCGCGGACAGAUGAUGAAGUAGUACAGAGAGAGGAAGAAGCUAUUCAGUUGGAUGGAUUAAAUGCUUCCCAAAUCAGAGAACUUAGAGAAAAAUCAGAGAAGUUUGCUUUCCAAGCUGAGGUUAAUCGAAUGAUGAAACUUAUCAUCAAUUCUUUGUAUAAAAAUAAAGAGAUUUUCCUGAGAGAACUGAUUUCAAAUGCAUCUGAUGCUUUAGACAAAAUAAGGUUAAUAUCACUGACUGAUGAAAAUGCUCUUUCUGGAAACGAGGAGCUAACCGUCAAAAUAAAGUGUGACAAAGAGAAGAACCUGCUACACGUCACAGACACUGGGGUCGGAAUGACCAGGGAAGAGUUAGUGAAAAACCUCGGUACUAUUGCCAAGUCUGGGACAAGCGAAUUCUUAAACAAAAUGACUGAGGCACAGGAAGAUAACCAGUCUACUUCAGAGCUGAUUGGCCAGUUCGGCGUCGGUUUCUACUCUGCCUUCCUUGUAGCAGAUAAAGUAAUUGUCACAUCAAAACACAACAAUGAUACCCAGCACAUCUGGGAAUCUGACUCUAAUGAAUUUUCUGUCAUUGCUGACCCACGAGGAAACACACUGGGCCGGGGCACGACAAUUACACUUGUCUUAAAAGAAGAAGCCUCUGAUUACCUUGAAUUGGAUACAAUUAAAAAUCUUGUCAAAAAAUACUCGCAGUUCAUAAACUUCCCAAUUUAUGUAUGGAGCAGUAAGACUGAAACUGUGGAGGAGCCUCUGGAUGAAGAAGAGGCAGCCAAAGAAAAGGAAGAAUCUGAUGAUGAAGCUGCAGUGGAAGAAGAAGAAGAAGAAAAGAAACCAAAAACUAAAAAAGUGGAAAAAACGGUCUGGGACUGGGAACUUAUGAAUGAUAUCAAACCAAUAUGGCAGAGACCAUCAAAAGAAGUAGAAGAGGAUGAAUACAAAGCUUUCUACAAAUCAUUUUCAAAGGAAAGUGAUGACCCUAUGGCUUAUAUCCACUUUACGGCUGAAGGGGAAGUUACCUUCAAAUCCAUUUUAUUCGUACCCACAUCUGCUCCUCGUGGUCUGUUUGAUGAAUAUGGAUCUAAGAAGAGUGAUUUCAUUAAGCUCUACGUACGCCGAGUAUUCAUCACAGAUGACUUCCACGAUAUGAUGCCCAAGUACCUUAAUUUCGUCAAGGGUGUUGUGGACUCUGAUGAUCUCCCCCUGAAUGUUUCCCGUGAGACACUUCAGCAACAUAAACUGCUCAAGGUGAUUAGAAAGAAGCUUGUCCGGAAAACACUGGACAUGAUCAAGAAGAUUGCUGAUGAGAAAUACAAUGAUACAUUCUGGAAAGAAUUUGGCACAAAUAUCAAGCUGGGUGUGAUUGAAGACCACUCAAACAGAACACGACUCGCCAAACUUCUUCGCUUCCAGUCUUCUCAUCAUGCCAGUGACAUUACCAGUCUAGACCAAUAUGUGGAAAGAAUGAAGGAGAAACAGGACAAAAUAUACUUCAUGGCUGGGGCCAGCCGGAAAGAGGCUGAAUCUUCUCCCUUUGUAGAGCGCCUCCUGAAAAAGGGCUAUGAAGUGAUAUAUCUCACAGAACCUGUAGAUGAGUACUGCAUUCAGGCUCUUCCAGAGUUUGAUGGGAAGAGGUUCCAGAAUGUUGCCAAGGAAGGUGUGAAGUUCGAUGAAAGUGAGAAAACGAAGGAGAAUCGUGAAGCAGUUGAGAAAGAAUUUGAGCCUCUGCUGAACUGGAUGAAAGAUAAAGCUCUCAAGGACAAGAUUGAGAAGGCUGUGGUGUCACAGCGCCUAACGGAGUCUCCAUGUGCUCUGGUGGCCAGCCAGUACGGCUGGUCAGGCAACAUGGAGAGAAUCAUGAAAGCGCAGGCCUACCAGACAGGCAAGGACAUCUCUACCAACUACUAUGCAAGCCAGAAGAAAACAUUUGAGAUCAACCCUCGACACCCGUUGAUCAGAGACAUGCUGCGGCGAGUCAAGGAAAACGAAGAUGAUGAAACUGUUUCAGACCUUGCUGUGGUUCUGUUUGAAACAGCCACACUACGCUCAGGCUAUCUGCUCCCUGAUACAAAAGCCUACGGAGACAGAAUCGAACGAAUGCUGCGCCUCAGCUUAAAUAUCGACCCCAAUGCCAAGGUGGAAGAGGAACCAGAAGAACCAGAUGAUACCAUUGAAGACACAGAGCAGGAUGAGGAAGAAGACAUGGAUGAAGGGAUGGACGAGGAAGAACAUGAAACAAUGAAAUCUACAGAUGAAAAAGACGAAUUAUAAACUACACUGUCACCGUUUGGAUCCUGUGCAGAGAGGGAAUGUGAAAAUUUUUUUUUUCUUUUGGAAGAACUUGUUUGGAUGCUUCCCCCAGCCCCUUCUCCACUGCACUGUAAAACAUUGGGAUUGUGGGUCACAGGAAGAAGUGGGUUUUUUAGUUGAAUUUUUUUUAACAUUCCUCAUGAAUGUAAAUUUGUACUAUUUAACAGACUAUUCUUGGUGUAAAAUCUUGUCAUGUGUAUAAAAAUAAAAAACCCAAACACUCA